ACCUGUUAAGACGUUGCCGGCUGCACAUAAGCCCUCACUUUGACUUCCAAGAACAAUAGAGUAAGAUCUCUGAUUCUGUUGGGGCACAAUGAGACUUGUACUUCCUAACCCCGGUCUGGAUGAUAGGAUCCCUUCCUUUGAAGAUCUGAAGAGAAUGGACAAGGAGGAAGGAGGAGACAGGCCCAAGUGGGACAACAAAGCCCAGUACAUCCUAACCUGUGUGGGCUUUUGCGUUGGAAUUGGCAAUGUCUGGCGAUUUCCUUACCUGUGUCAAAGUCAUGGAGGAGGUGCUUUUUUGAUUCCAUACUUGAUCCUUCUGGUGCUGGAAGGAAUGCCUCUCCUCCUGCUCGAGUUUGCCAUUGGCCAGCGACUCAGAAAAGGCAGUGUGGGAGUUUGGAGGGCCAUCAAUCCCUAUUUGACUGGUAUAGGUAUAGCCUCCAUGCUGGUGUCGUUAUUGAUUGGACUGUACUACAACACCUUAAUAGCCUGGAUCAUGUGGUAUCUCUUCAAUUCCUUUCAAAGCCCGCUGCCUUGGUCCCAGUGCCCCCUCAAUGACAAUGGGACAGGCUUUGUACCAGAGUGUCAACGUAGCUCAACUACGGAUUACUACUUUUACAGAGUAACUCUAAAUAGUUCGACCUCUAUCGUUGAAUCUGGUGGGAUUCACUGGCCCAUCGUAGUCUGCCUGCUAGCUGCCUGGACAGUCAUUUGUAUCUGUUACAUACGGGGGAUCAGCACCUCAGGCAAGGCGGUGUACGUCACAGCCAUCCUGCCUUACAUAGUGCUGGCCAUCUUCCUGAUCCGAGGACUGACUCUUAAAGGCGCCUUUACUGGAAUAAAGCACCUCUUUACACCUGAUGUUAAUGAAUUGGCAAAUCCAACAACUUGGCUGAACGCAGGUGCCCAAGUGUUUUACGCCUUCAGCUUAGCAUGGGGAGGCCUCAUCUCGUUCUCAAGUUACAACCCUAUUCACAACAACUGUAUGAAAGACGCAAUGAUCCUGACAGGUGUAACUGGCUUCACUUCAGUCUAUGCUGCCACAGUCACCUACACCAUUGUUGGCUUCAGAGCCACCGAGAGAUAUGACAACUGUAUCAGCAAUAACAUCCUGACAUUAUUAAAUGCAUUUGACCUUCCUGAAGACAGCAUCACUACCAGCAACUAUGAGGCAGCCUUUACUUAUUACAACAGCUCCAAUCCGGAUACUGUUCUUGGAUUGGACAUCAAACCCUGUGACAUGCAGAAACUUCUCAGUGAGGGAGUAGAGGGAACAGGUCUGGCCUUCAUUGUGUUUACAGAAGCCAUCACCAAGAUGCCUGGUUCUCCGGUUUGGUCUGUCCUCUUCUUCAUCAUGCUUUUCUGCUUGGGAGUCUCAAGCCUUUUCGGCAACAUUGAGGGGGUUGUUGUCCCACUGAAAGACCUGAAAUUGUUACCCCAAAAAUGGCCACAAGAAGCACUAACUGGAUUAACAUGUUUUAUCGCCUUCAUCAUCUCCCUCCUGUUUGCUCAGCAUUCAGGGCUAUAUUGGGUAACUCUCUUUGACAACUUUGCUGGAUCUGUUCCACUUCUGACUAUUGGAUUGUUUGAGAUGAUAGCUGUUGCUUACAUCUACGGCAUGGACAGGUUUAAUGAAGACGUAGAGUUCAUGAUUGGUUAUAAACCCUCCUUCUUCUGGCAGGCUUCACUGAGGUUCACGAGCCCUCUGAUCGUUGUGGUUAUUUUAGCUUUCUACCUGGUUACUCUAGGCCAAGAAGAGUUCACUUACUUAGUCUGGGAUCCAGAAUCUGAGAAGUUUCCAGCUCUGGCAUCAGUACCUUACCCUUCGUGGAUCAAUGCUGCUAUCUUUCUUUUGGCAGGAGUCCCCAGUCUGGUAAUGCCUGGGUAUGCACUUUGUAGGCUGGUCUAUGUGAGCUGCAAAAACAGAAUCCAGGGGAACAAUUAGACAAAUUCCUUAAAUCAAUUAUAAAAAAUCUUUAAUGAAGAACUCAAAUUCUAGGAUAUAUAAAUCUCCACUUUUUAAAAAUAUGUUUUUUUUAUAUAUCCCAUUCUUCUUAAGCUUUGUUUGUCCAUCUGGGCAGGCUACAUUUUAUACUUUUCAAGAAGGUUUUCGCAUAUCCAACUAUUUCAUAAAGUAGGUGCGGAGAGUGACAAACUAUUACUUUUAUGAUGCAAGCCCGUCUCCCUGCUCUCUGCUGGUCUGCUCUCCUCCAUACUGGAGGCUCCUGGUUACUUGCCUGCAUUUGCAUAUAAGACAGACAUUGACUUUCACAUUUUUUAAAGUAUGAAAUGUAUUACUUGAAAAGAUAAAUCACAACUUUUCAGUCCCUCUGAACACACUUGACAACGGUUCAGAGAGACUGAAACGUUGUGAUUUUUAAAAAAAUUGGUGAUACUUAUCAAGAGUAGUAUGCGGUAGUAUUUUCUUAUGUAUGUGUAUGAGAUAGUAGUCAGCCACUGUGCCUUUGUGACAAGCUACCAAAGAGCAGAAACAAAGCUACUCAAUACAUACCAACAGUCCAAUUCUUUCUGAUACAUCCUCAUGCAACUCAUAGUCUGAGAGGUUUUUAAAAAUGCAUGGACGAAUCUUCUCCACACCCACUUGGAUGUGCAUUGAUCUUUCACCAGUCAUUCCGACAUUAUUUCUCCAUUUUCCCCUUUAAAAGUUUAUUUUUCAUGUGUUUUUAUGAAUGAUUAAUUUUUGCGUAUUUAAAAAUGAACCUGAAUGGGCCCUCAAUUACUACAAAAGAGUGUUUUUUAUUCUGAAGUCCAUACUACUUCUCAGGGAAUGUUUAAUUGAAUUGAUGCACACGUUCCUUUUAUCGAUACUGUGUGUAAUUUCAUUGUUAAACUCUGAUGAAUUUGUUUUGUGUAUUUCAAGACUGUUUUCUAGUUUUAGUCUAUACUGGAGUUAUUGACAAGUCAUAUUUUAUAUCAAUGUAGCUUGGUUGUUAAUAUUAAAUGUUUUUGUUUAAAUUGA